CACGCGCUCCAGCGCUGUCAUCAGUACAACAUCAGCAUCUUCCGGGGAGAGCGCGCGCCGAGAAACGGGAGGAGGAGAACGAAGAAAGGGAGAGGAAGAGGAGACGUACGGGGUAAAGGCUCUACGACUAAAAACAUGAUGAUGAUGGAGUCGAGGCGGCGGAGGACGUCGGCGCUGCGGGAAAGGACUGUUGAGAUCUGACAGAGGUCUCGCGCCGAAAGCUGCUCUCCAUUUUCUCUCGUCAUUUCAUCGCGCUUCACCUUUCUCCACAUGCUGCUGCGUGGACAGUAGAGGAAGAGGGGCACCCCACGGAUGCCUGGGAAGGGAAAAACGGGCUCUACCGCUGGCGCCACAGGCAACAAGACUCAGCUCGUCUCACGGAUGCUAAUAAGGGACUGAUGGAUGAAGAGGAGAACAGGCUUUAGCCCCCUCCACCUGACGACUGUGACAGCAUUUUUGAUGGAUUUUUUUCAUCCUUUAUGGUGUAGCCCCGAGAAAAGCAGCCUUAGACAGCAAUGUUGAUCCACUGGUUUUGGUAAAUUAUUCAUCAGAGGUCUGAAGUAGGCUGUGACUUUAUAUUGCUUUCAUGUAGCACCCCCUUUUAUCACGUUUUGUCCUAUUUUUAGGCUCCGUGUUUAUCCUGUGAUGUUUUAGGCCCGAUUAUUAGCCUCUAACAGCCUCAAGACCCGGCCAAAGCGGGGGAUCAUAGCGCAGGGGGGAAGAUCUGGGUCGAGCUGUGUGGGAAUUUUAUUUCAUCCAUGAUUCUGUUGGAGUGAAGAAGCGCAGAAGUGAGUUGUGAUCAGACGCAGGGAUAGCUCCAAGGAGGAGAAGAAACGACACCAAACAUGCUGCCUUCCCAAGAAGCCUCCAAGAUCUACCAUGACAAUUACAUGCGCAACUCCCGAGCCAUCGGGGUUCUGUGGGCCAUCUUCACCAUCUGCUUCGCCAUCGUCAACGUGGUGGUGUUCAUCCAGCCCUACUGGAUCGGCGACAGCGUCAAGACGACGCAGACCGGCUACUUCGGCCUCUUCCACUACUGCGUGAGCAAGGAGCCCGGAGCCGGCAGCCGGGAGCUCUACUGCGCGGGCAGCUUCUCCGACUUCAGCUCCAUCCCGUCCGGAGCCUUCAAGGCGGCCUCGGUGUUCGUGCUGCUGUCCAUGGUGCUGAUUCUCAGCUGCAUCGCCUGCAUGGCGCUCUUCUUCUUCUGCAACACCUCCACCGUUUACAAGACUUGUGCCUGGAUGCAGCUACUGUGCGGAGUGUGCCUGGUGCUGGGAUGCAUGAUCUUCCCUGACGGAUGGGAUGCAGAAGUGAUCCAGGACAUGUGUGGGGAGCAAUCAGGAAAAUACUCCCUGGGUAAUUGCUCCGUACGCUGGGCCUACAUGUUGGCCAUUAUGGGCAUCCUGGAUGCCCUCAUCCUGUCCUUCCUAGCCUUUGUUCUGGGAAACCGGCAGACAGACUUCUAUCUUGAUGAUCUGCAGACAGACAACAAAGAUUUUGCCGUUUCAAGGAUCGAAGUGCGGGGCAGAAGAGAUCCUCGUUACGGAGUGCAACGUCUUCACUGAGGGCAACAAUGACACUGAACCACUUCUGUCUUUCUCCUUCUCUUCUCUUUCUCCCGAUCUUUCUAUUCUCCUUUCCUCUCCAACGAUCAGGAUAUCUCCCAAUCUCAAUGCCGACACCAAGUGUACAGGAUACUGUAAGAUAUAAAAAAAAAAUCUAAGGAUAAACUAUAUUUUGAAAAAAUAUAUAUAAAAGGCUGUACAGUGCAUUUAACACUCAACAGAUACCUUUAUGAUAAAAAAUAUUUACUGUAUUUAAAGUCUUGAUUUGUGUGAGAAAUCCAAUCCUUGAGAUGAAGAACCAUCAUGCCCGUUACUUUCUGAAACCUUUCUUUUAAAGCGUUGCGAUUUGUUGACUUUAGGUUUGCGUGUUGUGUUCAUUCAUGGCAUCAGACAGCCGACUAGCGGCACUCCUCGCACAGACACUGAGUCGAGGCUCGCAAUACAGCAGCAAGUCUGUUUAUUACGUGUUAUAAAAAAAGAAAUUUUUUAAAAGAAUCAACGGGGACUCGUAUGGCUCUUCAUCUAAGGACUUUUAAAUGAGCGGAGUUCCCCAUCGCAGCUUUACAGAACUUAACAUCUCUGGGAGAUUCUCUACUGUACAUAAUCAACACUGUAAAUAGCAUUUCUGCUGAAAGAAAACAGCCGACAACAAAACCUCAUCUGACUCCAGUGCAUUUGAGUAUUCCACCCUUGGUUUUGGUGUUCCUCGCGCAGGAAAAGCAUCUGAGUUUGUGUUUCUAUGACUCCUCACUGCUGUUCUAGACAGAUCGCACAGAUGUAAAUAAAAAUGUUACUUCAGCCAGAUUUUUCACAGAGAAAAAGAGUACCUUUUUUUCAUGAUAGGAAAGUAGACACUUCUCCUGCAUCAACAUGGCCUCAAAGGAAGCUGCUUAUGGUAGUUGUUCACCCUUUAGUAUGUAGUCAUAUCUGACAUUUAAAAAUGCACUCGUUGUUUUCCGUGCUUUGAGCUAAUUUCGGCACUUGUUUCCAGUGUGCAGUUUACUCCAGUUAAUGGUCCCAGCAAACAGUGAUUCGUUUACUCUGCAGAUGUCUUAAGACCGUGCGAACAUGACCGCUGGAGUUGGCCCCAAGUGCUGCAUUGUCUUAAGGUGAAGAAGCAGCGAAGGUGGGACACCCGUCUCUUAGAGAUAUUUCAGCUAGAACAAAGAAUACAUUCAAACAACGUGGCGAAAGUUGAUGAGAAACAUUCUGAGAAACAUUUAGAUUUUAUGUCAUCUGACCGUUUUCCAGAAAAUAAAAAAAGUUUUAAGAAACAUCUUGAUAGAUGAUUUGCUGGGCUCGAUUAGAAUUUUUGAAAGUUUCCAAAACUGUGUUCUUUACAUUAACAUAUUAGAGAGUGUUUCACGCCCGCUACUUUUUUCAUAACCAACACUCGCAAGAAAUGCAAAGAUUUCAGGCGUCGUGCAAGAUCGUUUAAAGAUUUAGCACUUUUUCUAUGACGUUUGCCACCAUUAAACCUGGUAAAUCUGUCAUAAAUAAUUCAUUUUAAAGCGAUCUGGGGUGUUUUUCCAUUAUGGGCUGCCUAUUCUCUCAGAAAAACCUUCAGUGACAGGAGACUUCUGAUGGUUUUCUUUUGCAGGCAGACUGAACUAUUCACUGGAGAUUUGUGUUAAUGAUGGUGGUGAUGAGUCUGUCCUAAAGUACAGUCAUCAUUUUUUGUUCCCAGGUGUGUUUAGAGGUGGGAAUUCAUUCAUGUGCACAAAAUAAACACAUUUCUAAAUAAUUUCAAAAGAAAGAAGUCAGUUCAGCUCUUAAUUAUUCAUCCAGUGUUUUUCUUGUUUUUGGCACAAGUAGAUUUUGGGGGGCUGUGAAGUUUCUGGUUGCAUAUCUACAGUUUAUGUAGCAAAAAUGGCCAAAUGCAAGCAGUUCCUUAAUGCUUUAAAAAAAAGAAAUCCAUGAAAAUGAUUCUUUCAUGUGACUCCUAAAGCCUUAAAUCUGAACCGUCCUGACAGUUUAAUGGCAUUUUAUGAAUUGGAGACUUUAAAAUCUCAGAUAUUCAAAUUAUAAUCAUGCCUUAAAUAUUUUCUUUGGGACAUUUUGAAGACAAAAAGAAGAUUCUGUAAUUUUCUUUCAUUAAUCAAUAUAUAUAUGUUUUAUUUAUUUUUUGCUUUUGUUGUUGGAACAAAAUUCCUGCAGGAUGAAUGUUUAGCUUGGGUUCAGUUCUGUGACUCGACACUGCACCCAUGAGCCAAGUAAUGACGUCAUGCGUCUCCACCAGUGACACUGAUCGUUGUGAUUCCAGUGACAAGUGGGAUUCUACCGUGACAACAAUGUGACAAAGUAGGCUGCUGUAAUCCAGGGCACCAUGGGGCUUUUAUCCCUCUCAGAGCAGCACUUCAGGCUGACAUACUGUAACUGAAACUCCCAAAGCUUGGGUUAAGUCAUGACAGAAAUAAAACUAGCUGUAUGCAUGGAUAAUUGUUUCAUGGGAGACACUGGCAUGCAGCGGCCCCACAAAAAGAAAAAGGUACAAUCACACUGUAAGCCGCUGAAGCGGAGGGUUUCUUUCACCGAACAACACGGCCCAUGGGUGGACCGGACCUGCCCACAUUGGGUAAAUGGCCCUCCGGGAUGACGCCUGGUAAGCCAGAUGACCAGUCCACCCCCGACAAGGCCUAAACAUUUUGGGCCAUGACAUCUGGAAUCCAUGUUACAUUGUUAAGAAUGCACUCUUUAAGGGAUACUUCUUUUUUUUAUUAUGACAGUUUGAGGAGUCAGUGUUUUAUCUGCAGUAGAUCGUCAGUGCUAUUCUUGUUAGCACAACCGUUAGAGCACUCCAACAACAAAUGAAACUGAAUGUGGGGAUAAAACUAAAUAAUAAUAAACAAAUAAAGGCUACAUUUUCCCCAUCAAAACUCAUUCAAAGCUGCAAUCCCAAAUUUGGCUAACAAAGUAGCUUAAAACAUUUUUAUUCAUGCCUUGUAACAACGUUCUAACAUAAUAAAAAUCUAAAUAUAUAGAAUAGACCAUAUCAAUCCCACAGUGGGGAAAUUCCCUUGUUAUAGCAGCACUGAGAAAAGGAAGAAAAAGAAUAACCAAGUACAGGUAAUUGCGCAAAGGCGGUAAGAUAUUGUUGCAACCUUCAACCACUAAAAACAAUUUAUAAAAAUAGAGAAUCGAAUUUUCCUAAUACAUGCAGCAUAAGGAACGCAAUGCAUCUUGUAUUGCACAAGUACUAAACACAUACUGAGCAUGGCAUUGGUGGAAUUGUGUACCAGGAUAAUGCCAGUACCACUUAAACUGAGGAGUUAUACACUCGUAGAGCAGAUGGGAUGAAUGACCUACGGUAGCGUUCUGUUUUAUAUCUUGGAUGUCUCAGUCUGCCUCUGAAGGAGCUGUCAAUGGCCUCCACAGUGGGAUGGAGUGGGUGGGAGGGUUUUCCAAGAUGGAGGUCAGCUUCACCAUCAUCGUUUCACACAUCUUGGGUGUUUCUCAAUGUCAAGGCACCUGGCCUUGGGAGGUGAUGUCUUGCGAGGCCAGGUGCCUUGCUUACGAGGACACCGUCCUUCCUUGGUCAAAGAAAAUGGUUAAAUGGAACAGACUUGCAUCACCGUGGCCGCGGCUUCCACGGCGGUCACGUAACGUCACGUGACACGGGAGAUAAUGUUAUAUUUCAUACGUAUUAGUUUCAAUAUAAAUAUACAACAAGCCUUUAACUUUUAAAUUGUGUAUACGUUUAUUAAAUUAAAUAUAUAAGUGAGUUGCUACCCACUAGCCACCGAAGCUGCAACUACUAAGCAACUAACCAACCAUAGAUAACUUCUUUGGAUGUAAAAAAAACCCAUUUACAAUUAGCUGACUUACAGUACUUUUAAACUUGAAAUUUGCCCCCGAAGUAGCUGCCGGCUUCUGAUCUGCCGUCUUUUUGAAAGUACCGCGGUGUAUUGUGGGUUAUUUUGACCAAGGCUAGGCUACAAGACACCUCCCUUGUAUCCUUGCUCAGCUAGCUAAACGACUAACAAACGGAGAACACACGCCUCAGUAGAACAUGAACAUUGGAACACGUCUUGGCGGCUCCCGAUGACGUAUCUCCUAGUCAACCGGGGUGGGGCCAAGACAUCAAGGCAAGGUUCCUUGGCAUUGAGAAACACCCUCAGUCUGCCUCUGAAGGAGCUGUCUAUGGCCUCUGUAGUGUAUUGGAGUGGGUGGGAGGGAUUUCCAAGAUGGAGGUCAGCUUCACCAUCAUCCUCCUUUCACAUAUCUUGUCAACUGAAUCCAGAACCAGGCUAGCUUUCUCAGCUAUAUAAAUAUACUGUGGAGAUUUUAAAGAAAUGAAAAAAUAAUAAUAAUAAAGUGGUUCUCUGGUGUUUGCCUGAAAACCUCCACCAAUAACGUGUUUUGGACCAAAAGCAACUAUUGGACAAUCCGGUUGCCGGUCUUGCCAAAACGCCGCACUUAUCUGGGUCCACCAUUAAUUACGCACUUUCGUAUUUAGUAGCAGAACACCGCUGGUGUGAGAGGUUCUCCACUCAAUAAUGUCAGAGAAGGAGAAACAGUCAGGCUGCUACCACGUCAACAAAAACACUAUUUGAAGUCACGGACAACAAAAGACGUUUCUGGGAAGAUUCCCAAGGGGAGGGGUGUAUGUCACCAUCACUAUUUUUCUAUGCAGAACCUAGCUUGUUUGCCGAUUUGUUAUGACAGCUGUACACAUACGACAGUUGCUCUCGUUUUCAUUCCACAACAUUCAUAUUCCGUGCUAUGGGUUAAUAUACUGAUGGACCAUCCCACUUGGGUGUCCUUUGCACAGAAUGCUCUCUAGAUUCUGCUAGAAUAGCGGAGAAACGUAAAAACCUUCUGCAUGAAGGCAGUAAUGAUGUUUCUAUUCAUCUAGCACUCACCAAACAGGAUUAUUAAUUUUUAUUAUUAAAUUAAGGUUAAAAUAUAAAAUCAAAAGAGCUAAAACUAGAAUUGUAAUAUAAAAAGUUAUAUAGAUAUUAAAAUAAUGUUGAUCAUAAAUAUAUGGUAAAAAACUAUUUAAAAGCAUGCAUAAAGAAAGAUUACAUUAAAUAAAUAAAUACAAAUAGAUAAAUAAAUAAAUAACCUAAGUAAUUAAAUAAUUUAAAAAGUGAGAGUAUUCAGUUAAAAGCUAAGCUAAAAACAUGAGUCUUGAGCCUGUUUCUAAAAACAUGAACGUUCUCAGCAGCCCUGAGGUCCCCUGGCAGCUCGUUCCAGAGGCGAGGACCGUAGUACUGGAAGGACGCCUUGCCACAGUUUGUUCACAAGAUUAUACAAUCCCGUGUUUCUCUGAUUGCUAGCUUUGGUUUGUAGCGUGGUGUCAUGAAGAAGAGGAGGAAGAUAAUUUGAAAUUUGAACGAUUAUAGCUCCAUCCCUGCUCCCCUGUAGGUGAACUUUGUGCCACCUUUGCUCCAAAUAGCAACAUGAUAAUCUGCUACCACGACAACAAGCCACCACAAUGUCAGAAGGAAUACUAAAUAUCACCCGAAUCUGUAAUACAGACCUUUAAACCUACUCAACACCCUGCCAAUGCCAUCCUGCUUUUAUUCAGAGUUGGUCUCUGAAUUUAACAGAAAAUGUGACCGACGUUCUUCUAGACGAUGCUUUUCGAAGCAUUUAAAACAUGGGAAAUGUUUGUUCUUCAGACUAAACAUACUAAUAUGCUCGUCACCAUAGAUUUCACCAUAUUCCAUCCAUUAACAUUUAAAUGUCAACGCUCUACCUGCUGCAUUCAGACAAGUGUGCAUCUGCAUGAGGGUUUGAUGAAAACUGAGUGCUAAUUUCAAAUAAAAGUCAAUAUAUUUUUAUGCAGUGCACAAAAAAAUUUGUUUUUGAAACAAAACAGCAGCUAACUUUCAGCUGACUGGAUGAACACAUUGACCUGUGACAACAUGAAUGCUGUUGGAUGGGAAAAUAUCAUGACAAAGUGAAGUCUGAUGCUAAACUCACAAGUUGUAAAGCCAUUUCAUUGGACCCAAGUUUAAACUUGUACUAUGCUUUUGAGCUUGAUUUGUUUUCGAUGGUAACAUUUGCACCUCUUUUGCUCCUGACGGGCUCUGAACUGGGACAUGGAGUUGCACUGAUCGCUAUCUACAGCAGUUUAAACACCAACUACACCACCAAAAAAAAAAAGAACUAUCCCUCUGACACAUCCACCGUGGAAAAGUCACAGAUUUUACCUCAAACUGACAAAUGAAACAUCUACACUUACUCUACAUAACAAAUUUUGCCUAAUUGGUAACUUUAAACAGUUGAUGUCUAACUUACUGAGUUAAACGGUUUAACUGGGUGGGUUACUGGUGCAUUCCUGCACUAUUUACCUAUGAGGAGCAGAUAGCUAGAUAUAUGGUGUGUUUUGUAGAAUGGUAGCUAGCUAACUCUCAGGAAGCUGUUUAAAAUACUGUAUUAAAGGCUCAUUAUGGAAAUCACCAGCCAACGCGUCAAACAGAAGAAAAGUGGUUGAGGUCGGGGUUGGAACCAUGUGACUGAGAGUAGCCUAGCGCUGUUGUGGUUUUCCUCGCUGGGCUUUUAAGACAAUAUGCUAACAGCCCUCAUGUUGACCCUAAUGAUGCUGUCCAUGCAGGCUCUGCACAGACGCCUGGCCUGCAUCUAUCAACAGUCUUGGUGUAGAAGUGCUGGGCCCUCAUUCUAGAGAAGUUACUUUCUAUUUAACUGUGCAAGCAUGAAAACUCCUCUGCUACCUUCAUCUGGUGAAACAAGAUGUGCAUCUUUGUUUUCAUGUGUACAUAGUUAUCUCAAAAGAAUCACUACACCUUUUUUUCCUCUUACAGUCUAUGUUGGGAUUUAAUCAUCUCCUAGAGUGUGCAUCUAUCAUAUGUUGGUACUUUCACAGGCCCAGGACAGAUGUCAUAAAACACAAGGAAAACAAGGAAACAAACCCUAAGGCCUCUGGUUGAGUCAGAACCUGAUCCGUUCCUCUCUCUGGGGACUCUGUUCCUGAGAACUUGGCGAUGAACUGAAAAAAUAGAACCUUAAUAAGGAACUGAUCUUACCUUAACCCUGAUGAGCACAUAUUUGUACCACUCCUGGUGCCUCUAAGAACUCUUGAUUAUUCUGAUGUGGUGCAGAACCAGCAAAACAAGUAGUGACACGGUAGGUUUUUUUUCUACUAAAGACUACUUCUUCAUACUGAGCUCUGAAACCAGGUGGGUUAUUUGUAGAUAUGAGGUCAAUUCAGUUUAAAGGCAAAAAAAUAAAAAUAAAAGCAACCAAGCAUUGUUUUAAUUAAUUAAUUAAUUAAUUAAUUAAUUAAUUAAUUUAUUUAUCUAUUUAUUUAUUUAUUUAUUUUAGUUGGUGGAAAUGUUUUAAUAUAAAAAAAUGUGUAUUUCGUUCUUUAUUUCAAAAUAGAAUUUAUUGGUGAUUGGACUUUAAAGCUGAAUUCACCUCAGUCUAGAACUACAAGAUUAUUUAGUGAUGUGAAAAAAUGACUGAAAAGGUAUAGUCAGUGAGAAGAAACUUUCAAAUGCUAGCAGCAAACAAAAUGUUUGUGGAUUAUGUAAAUGUCACUGAACUAUCAUCUUUUGAUCAUGCAAUAUCACAUUUAAAGAUGUGUUUUGUGGGUGGGAGUGGUCGGGAGAAACAAACUACUAUGUUCAGUGACUUAUGUUAUAAUAUUUGAUUUUCUGUUGAUUCCUGAAAUGAAGAUGUUGCUGAAAUAUCAUCCUCUACCAUGUGUUACCAUAGAAAAUAAAAUAACAAUGAUCAGUUUUGGUUUUGUACAACAAAAGAAUGAUAUACAGAUAUUUGUCGAGUAUUUCUGACGAGAUCUUUGUUUCUGUGUUCACUACAGACUCUUUCCUUUCUCUUAUAGUUUUCUUUCAAAGUAUUUGGGUUUGAUGUAUGAUGGUUGCUGUUCAGUCACAUCAGACUUAACAUCCCAGAUUCAGUUUUGACUCAGUAACGGACAACUGCUUGUUAACAUCUCAAUGCCCAACAUUUACGAAAAAAAAAAAGUCAGAGAAGAAAAAAUAUAUUGUUUGUAAUGUUACUUAAUGAAAGACGAGCAGAAAGACCCAGAACGAGGCCCGUUUGUGGCCGUGGUUUAUGCUAACUGUUGGUUUUAAUUUUAAAUUCUGUCUAAUUCCUAUUUGUGAAUAGUAUUCUAACUCACAGUGAUGAGAAUUUCUGUUAUUAAAACACAUUUUGAAAAAGUUAAAUAAAGAUAUUUUACAUUCAUAAACCUAA